AUGAUCCAUAAAAAAUUUGAUAAAUUACAACAACGAAAACAAUUACAUGAUGAACCAAUUACAUCUUAUUUCGAUGAUGUUAUUAAUUUAUGUCGAGAAAUUGAUUCAAACAUGUCUGACUCAAUUACUAUUCAAUAUUUAAUGAGUGGACUUAAUCCUGAUUUUAAGAAAGAACUUUCUCGACGUGAAUCAUGUAUGAAUACAUUAAAUGAAUUUUUAAAAUAUGCUAACAUUGAACAAGAUUUAUAUGAUACAUUUGAAAAAUCUCGACAAUUAUCUAUUGAAUCGAAACCCACUUAUUUAACACCUCAAUAUAUACCAACUUCUUCAUUUACAACUAUGAUUAACAAACCGAAACAACGACAUUACUAUUCAAAACCAAAUGAUAAUUCGCAUCACUUAUCAUACCAGAGCUCCGUCCUUCAGCAGAACUCGAUUCAUCAACCUAAUAUUCAACCAAAAAUUAUAUUGAAUAGAGCAACUCGAAAUAAUUCAAAACAAGUUACAUUUAAAAAUAACCAAAUUAAUCAUCAAUCAUCAUUACAAAAUAUAUUUAAUAAUUCAAAUUCAACACCUCUUAAUAUUAUUGGUCAAAUUAAAUUAGAAAUAAAAAUUAAAUCUAUAACAACUUAUGUUACUGCUUAUGUUGCAAUAAAUUUAAUUACAUCAAUUCUUUUAGGCAAUGAUUGA